CCAUUCAGCGGUCACAGACAUGAAACGGACACCAACCUUCUGCGAACGGCACCACGAUCAAGGCUCGGUCCACGAAGACGGUGUUGGUCAAGUGUUGGGAGACGCCCACCGACUCAGACUCAAGGAACUUUACAAAACACACACGUGAAGUCACAGGCAUGGGAGAGUCACUGGAAGAAAACACACAUAUGUUGUGCAAAGAGUAGAAACCGGGACAACCCAAUAAAGUGUCUUAACUGAAGGCAGUCACCUCAACAGACAGACUCUACAGCGGAUUAGACAGAAACGCUGUCUUCAUGGAACGGAACAAAAAAAGACAGCAAAAAAAGACCAAUAUUUUUUAGGGGGGCUGAAAAUCGGUUUUACGUUGGGUUAUGACAACAAAAGUUUGUCAUAAACAAAUACUACCAAACUGCUGAAGCGCCGCCGACCCGACCACCCCCCCACCCCAAAAAAAGACCCAGCGACGCCCCUGGGUUAGGUUUAUUCGAUAUUAUACAAUCGAGACAGUAUAACGGUCACAGAAGAACAAAAACUACAGUAAAAGACAUGCAAAUCGGACAUGAAAAUUGCACAGUACCGUGGUAAAUGGUAGCGGUGAUUAGCUAGAGAUGCGCAUCCGUCAUAGCAUUAGCAUUAGCUUCCAGCGAGGCCUACUGGACUUGCCCCAGCGACACGGGAAAGCUUCUUUAAAGAUACUCACUCAGGUGGAAACAGUUUGAGCUCCUCUAUGUUCCCCAGAAAGCCCAAGAGAGUCCUCAUUUGUUCCAAGGUUGUGCUCGGGGAGACGUUUGUCACCUGAAUGACGUGUGUGCUGGCAUUCAUCUCGCCGACUCUUAUUCGACAAGCUAGCCAGCCUACGUGACUGAAGGUAAGUAACAAAAACAAAACAAAAAAAGGAACACAGUUCCAGUAGAAAGGGGACACGGUCUCGUAGGUCACAAAUGAGCCAAUGAAGAUGCGCAAACAGCGUCAAUGCAUCAUCAGUGCAACAGCACAAACUGUGAAGCGGGCUAGCUGCGUUCAUGUACAGUGAACACGAUCGUAAUUUAGGUGUGUGUCCUGAUGUUUUCCGUAGAACAAACUAAAUCCAACAUAGUUUGUCAUGUAAUUUCAUAAGGAACGUGAUGUUAUUAGAACUCGUACCAAAUCAUGCAGCUCCUCAAUUUCGUGUUUAUUUAUUUAUUUCAUUAUUUGUUACAGUGGCUGUUUGUUGAAACUUUUUUUUUCUUCCCCAAAACCUUCAAUGCAACAUGACCCGAUGCGAGUGGGCGUGCCGUGAGCAAGGUUGUGGGUCGUGUGCUGCUAGCUUGCUGUUGCAAAUCAGACCACUCCAAAUGUCGGAUAAGUAAAACACACGAUUGCUGUUGUUUUUGUCGACAACAAGAGUGUGAAUCCUGAAAACAAGUUGUCAAGAUGAAACCGCAGAAAGCAGCAACUGUAAAUAAUGAACUGAAUAGAAAUGCCCCUGAACCAGAGUGACAAAAAUCUGGUGACAGUUUUGCCUCCAUUUUUCUGACAUGAGCGUGCAGACAUGCGCAUCCUCAAACUAGCAUACAUAAUCAUGGCCAGGGUCAGUACGUUUAGAUCCCUUCAGUUUGUGCUGCUCCUGGCCGCUGCCCUGGCUGUGAUGGCGUUCUACUACUUCGGCUCAGAGAAUCAGAACUUCUCCAGCACCACCAAGAGGAUCAAACUUUCUCAGGCAAGCCACAACACCAACAGAAACGAUGCAGACCUGACCGUAGACACCAGGUUUUCCCAGGUUGACUGGUCCGAGAAGGAGGAAAAGGCAGAGAGCGAUAAGUUUCGAUCUAUAAAGAGCGGCGACAAGACAAUGGACCAACGCUACAAUGUUCUCAUGAUGUUCACUAAAGUGGACAAAAGUCGCAGCCUCCAGGACAAGUUCACGGUGGCCAUAUUGUCUAUGGUCAAAUAUGCGCAGUUCUUGGAAGGAGAGGUGCUGGUGCUUCAUUUUGUGAGUGAUCAGGCCAGUAAAGAACUGGGAGAGAAGAUGCUUCAGGAAUUCCUCACAAAUGCAACGUUCAAGUAUGAGGUGUUGUUCCACGACGUGGAAGCCCUCACUCACAAGCUGUUCCCAAUUGUGGAGGCCUUGCAGAAGCACUUCAGCGCUGGCUCCGGGGCAUAUUACAGCGACGCCAUCUUCUUCCUGUCUGUAGCCAUGCACCACAUUUUGCCAGAAAAUUUGACGCGCAUUGUGCAGCUUGACCUUGAUCUGAAGUACAGGACCAACAUCAGGGAUCUCUUCAAGGAAUUUGAACGCUUCCCACCAGGAGCAGUGCUAGGCAUAGUCAGGGAGAUGCAGCCAGUGUACAGACACACUUUCUGGCAGUACCGUAAGGAAAACCCUCAAACCAGAGUGGGUGACCCUCCGCCCGAGGGUCUCCCCGGCUUCAACAGUGGUGUGAUGUUACUGGACCUCGCCGCAAUGAGGGACUCUGCUCUCUAUAACCAACUGCUGGAAACAAGAAAUGUGACCAAGCUAGCCAACAAGUACAGCAUCAGAGGCAACCUCGGGGACCAGGACUUCUACACAAUGAUCAGCAUGGAGCACCCAGAACUGUUUUACUCCCUGGCCUGUGGUUGGAACCGACAACUGUGUACCUGGUGGAGGGACCACGGCUACGGAGAUGUUUUUCAGUUGUAUUAUCGGUGUGAUGGACCCAUCUAUAUCUAUCACGGGAACUGUAACAGCCCCAUACCAAAUGAUUAAUGACAGGUACUGGAAAUGCAGUGUUUUUCAACAUAAUUUGACUCUCCCAUGUAUAGCUUACAAAAAUACCAGCGUCUUUGCUGGUCAACAGGCUACUAAGAUCUGCUAACUUGCACCACUGUCACUGUAGACUAUACAUGAAAACUCUGCUUCAAAUCGCGUCUGUUAUUGGUUGUGUGUUUUACACAUUUUUGUUCAUGUGUGAGUACCCAGCUACCACCCUAUUGCUAUGGUUACCAAGUCCCCGACUGGCAACUAUUAUCCUUUCACCGUGUGUAUGCGUCAAUUACUGUUUGUAUGUUUUACUCAUGUUUAAUAUAUUGUUGUUGUUAGCUUUUUUUCCCCAGUAUUGUCUUGAGACACUUCAACUGUCUAACCUAUUUUUUGUAGGAUCAUGACCAAAAAAACAAAACACUGACCCGACUUUUGAGCUGUCGGUCUGAUUCAGAUAAAUGUCAGCACUCGAUAUUCAUCUCUUAUAUGUCUGAGGUUCUGCAUUAAGAUAAUCACACUACCCAACACUGUUGAACAGAAACAUUAUUUCAAAUCUGUAUGUUUCCCAUGAAUUGACCCUUAGCUGUAUUAUUUUUAAGUUCUUUUUAAAAUAGCUCUGUUGUGAACUCUUGAUUGCACUUUACAAUAAUUAAAAUUCAUGCUGAAACAUGA